GAAAAUUUAUGAGCACUACGAAAGAAUCGCUUACACAUUCCAUUUAUUCACCUAAAUUUUAUUGUUGAAAGAUUUGCGAAACUAUAUCAGCGUUUUUUCUUGGUUUAGUGUCCUAAUUUCCAGAUUUCAAUCCUCCAAAGUACACGAAUUCUUGCACAGAAUAAAAUGAAACUUAUACAGUUUGAGAUUAAUUGGUUGAUAUUUUCUUUUGUCUUUGUCUUCUCGUCUGCCCAAAAGGAACAAGUGAAAAACGACGAUAAUGAACUGCUACUAUCUAUUGUUAUAUUCAGAGAAGGAGAUCGUACACCUUUAAUUCUUCAAGAAAAUGAUCCAUUUAUGGAGAAAUGGGUAGCUUCAGGCUUGGGAAUACUAACUAAGGUUGGCAGGAAAAAGAUGCACUCGUUUGGCAAAUACCUCCAGAAACGCUACAAAACGAAUCUGGACCCGAUAAAAUUACGAAAAUCUAUCACAGUCCACUCCGUCGAGUAUGACCGUCAUAUCAGAUCCGCCAGAGAGGUGAUCACAGGCUUGUUAUCCACUUUCCCACGAUCCAUACGGAGACCCUACAUUCCGAUCAUCACAGAUUCGACUGAAAGCGUCAGGAUGAUAGAGCCCUGUCCUGCAUACGAGAAAGAGCUUCAGAAUUUCAUCCACAAGAAUAAUACCUUCAGUCAGUUGGAUCUGGACGAAAAGGAUAUUUACAAUUUGAUCCAGCAAAACACCAAAUGCUCGUGCAACAGCUUUAGGGACGUUAAGAAAUGCGUGGAUCCGAUGGUUUGCGAAAGAUCAGAAGGCUUAGGGUUACCUUCAUGGUGUAACGAAACUUGCUAUCAACGUGUGAUGCACCUGCUUGAUAUGGAUUGGAAGGUUGAAGUGUCUGAUCCUAAACUGUUGAAUCUGAGGAUGCAGCCUUUCGUGGAUCUGAUGUUGAAGAAGAUGAACGGCUACGUGACAGGUUCGGAGAAGGAGUUUCAGCUCUUCCUAUACUCAUCAAUCGGCUACGCCAUACCAGUGCUCAUGGACAGCAUUGGAGUGGACAACAUAACACCACAUGUUCCCAAAUUCGGAGCAGCCUUGAUCGUGGAAUUGAGGGAUGUUGGCGGGAAAAAAAUCGUCAAUAUGUACUACCAGAGUUCGAAAGUUGGAGAAUUGAAAAAAUUAUCCAUAAGAGGUUGUGGAGAAGAUUGUGAAUACAGCGAGAUUUUAAAAUUGCUUCCACCUCUGCUAAAGAAGAAACGCCUGUCAUGCGCUAAGUGAUUUUUGUCGUAUUUUACGUAAUAAAUUUUACAUUGA